ACUACGUUUUUUAAAGUAUAAAAUUGGUGUUAUAUUUCUUGCAUAUUGUUUAAAAAAGUUGACAAGUAUUACACUUUCUAACCUCUAGGGAUAUCUGAACAAAGAAAUACUGACUUUGGGUAUUUAGUGAAAUGGCAGAAAUCAAGUGAAGGCUAAAAUGUAGACUAGAAUCCCGCUGCUACCUGUAUAUAGUGGACUAAGCUGCAAAGAAACAUAGAUUCGAGAAGAUACUUGAUGAUGAAUAACGAGUAUCUUGAUGAAAAGACCUAUCGGUCAGCUGAUGAAAAACAAAGUCUUUUGAGUGAUGAAGGUCUUCCUGUAGGUCAAAGUUCAACUAUUGACAGCAAGACGAAUUACUUGGCAGUCAAUGAGAUCCAAGAGCUGACAGCUUCAGAAGUAAACACACCAACACAGCAUGCAUUUCUACUGGGCUUACACUUCGGUCUAACUAAGUCUGGAAACAUCUGGACGUUCCCAGACAAGCAAAACACUUGGGAAUCAAUCCCAAACCCACUGGUCAACCAGGCGAGAGCUGCGAAAUUCUGUGGUGACGAGGAACGAAAGGAUAAGACUGUAAACGGCUGGCAGCUGCAAUCUUAUAAGGCCGGUGCUGAUUGGCCAGGUGGGACUUUCAGACCCCCCACUAGAAAGGAAUACACAGGCGAGACAAUUAUUCCAAAUUAUCAGACUUUGAGUAUUAUAGUUGCCGUUGUUUUAUUUAGUCCUAUAGCAGCCAUUGCUUUAUCCUUUGCGAUGAAGGCUAACGCUUUCAAAAAAGCCAGUGAGUACAAGAAGGCUUUCAGAGCAGCCAAACGAUCUUUGUAUCUUAACCUUAUAGCGAUCGCUGUGGGUAUCCUCUGUUACUCCACGUUGGCUGUCUUCGUAUGGUACAACAUUCACCAUGCAGAAAGAAAUCGCGUAGUUCAUUAAUAAACAACUUAUUCAAAUAUA